ACCUCAUGACGAAGAACAAGCAGCGAUACCGGUGGCGUUUGCUGGCCUGCAGCAUCGUCAUUAUAAUUGUGCUGGCUCUGGUGAUCGCGGCGGCGAUCCUCUUGACCGGCAGUCCGAAUUCCACCGCGUCCAAAAGGAACGGCGCACCCGGCAUUUCCCUGGAGGAGUGGCUCUCCGGUUCGUUAUCCCCCAAGAGCUUCAACGGCACGUGGAUCAGCGGCUUUGCUGUCGAGUUUCGACCACCAUUUAUCCGCCGACAGGAAAUAUUUAUUGCUCGCUCUCAACUACCAAAAACUGUAUCGUCAUACGUACUUGGCCCAUUACAGGAUCGUGAAUCUGGAGACUCUGUAAGUAAACGAGCCAUGUCUCAACGGCGCUUGCGACAAUCAUAUCUCAAAUUUAUUUCCGCGAUUUCAAGUUCGGAUUUGCAUUUUAAUCUCGGCUCCGAGAGACGGGAGAUAGCCGGGAGAAGCCGCGCCACACCAGGCCGCGUGCAAAUUACAAACUGCGCACGAAUUUAAUUCCGCACCGUCUUACCUCGCCGCCUUCGACCCGCGUUCCGCGUCUGAGAACUUUCCCUCGGAUUUGAUCAUUAACUCAGCAUUUAGGAGCGGUUAUAUCACGAUUACCGGUAUCCCGCCGCCAUCCCCGACCGCCAACAAUCUCGCACUCUUUUCUCAUCUCCCCCAUUGGCGAAAAAAAUUUAAAGCUGCCUUCUAAGGCCUUACCCGCAUGGUUGCACUUUUCGCGAUAUCGAAGCAUUUGCUAGUCUUGCAAAGGAAAGUCCUACUCUUCUCAAAAGUUUCUGCACUUUCUUUAUUCUUUAUUCUCAAUUUCUAGCAAUGCA